CUCCAAGACAUCAUUGACGAUGCGGCGCGCUACCUCGAGGAUUACUUCACUACCGACUUCAACAUCUGGCUCCAGUAUUGCCGCGAAAAAAAGGACGAGGCGUUCGACUUCUCGGAAGACGAGGCCGCGGACAUAUUCGAAGCCGUCAACCUCGCACGUCUGACCGGCAAGGUGUCGAUCCUGCCGCUCGCGUUGUACAAGUGCUGCCAACAAGAUCUCGCCGCGAUCAUGUUCGGGAUACGGCGGAAGAACGGCGACGUCGUCCAUCUUAACCAGGAGGACGUCGAGCGCUGUGUCCGUGCGCGCGACCGGCUGUUCAGGGAGUCGUGCAGGAUGAUCGACACUAUCACCGGCGCGCCCGCCGAGCGUUCUCCCCGCUGUAUGACCCAUAGCGCUUGCUCGCGGCAAACGGAAAUUCUCGUGGAGUCGUUCACCGCCAUGUUCGCAACGCUCAUCAACACGGACGCUCUAUCCGGCCUUGAGGAACAGCUCGGUCCCCUGACAAAUCUGCCGGAGUGGACGCAACUGUGCAACGAGUGUCGAAAAGAGCUUGUCCGCCAACACGCGGAGAAGCAACGGGAGACAUGGGGUAAUCUUCUGGAUAUCCUCGGUCUGAGGCACCAUAGCCUCAAGUAUCGAUGGUCGGGCCUCAUGAGCUGUAAGUGA